AGACAAAGCCAAGUAAGAAACAGAGCACAGCAUUUAUAACUUUCCCUCCAAAUUUUCCAACAAUCCAAACACACUCCCUCACAUUUAAUUCCCUUCCCAAAAAAUCUGAAUCUCCUAAUCCCCAUGAAGAUUCGUCACCAAGGCUCCAUUUUUAAAGCCCCAAACCCUUGUUUUGUUCUUUCUCCAUCUCCCCAUUUAGAAUCUAAAAAAACCCACGACGGUUCUCUUCUUAUUUUUGGUAUUGCCGAUCUCUUGUCUUUCAACAAAGACUUUUGUAGGAGUUGUUGAUGAUGGAAGAAGGACUGGGCUGUAGAGAGCGGCGCAAGUUUGCACACUGUUACCUUUCUCGCAUUGCUCGUUGGCUCUCUGAUUUGAGGCGGAAGAGAAAGAAAGAGAGUAAAAGGAAUGUAUUGGCUGGUGAUCGGAUUGUGCAGGUUAACAGUUCGACGAAUGGAUUCAACGGCGAGGCUUCCUUGAAUUCGGCUUCCCAGACUGCCAAUCCAGGACAGUGUAACAGGGAGGCUACUGUCAACCUUGGAGUUGGAUGUUGUCUAUUGUAUCAAAUUGCAAUGAGUAAAAAUGAACUUGAUAAGAUAAUGAAAACGCGAAUGCAAAUGGAGAAGCUUCUUGAAGAUGUGAGGGAUGAAUUGCAAAAGAAAGACGGGCUCUCUAAGCCAUCUGAGAUGAAUGAAAUGUGUGCUUAUUCCACCACAGGGUCAUCAACAAUUACAGUUUGUGGCCAGUCUUUGAGAUAUGAGACACCUAAGAAAAGAGAGUUUUCAGAAGGAAGGGAUAAACUUGAGGCGGAACUUGAAGUUGAGCUUCAGAGUUUGCAACUUCACUUGGAUACAGUCGAGAAUUCGGUGAAACAUCCACAACAGAAAGGGAGAAGUGUCACCAAUGACAACACAGCUACUUCAAAAAGCCAGAUUGUAAGUUCUGGAAAUUUGAAAUGGAAGGUCACCGAUGCGAACACUGCUACUUCAAAAAGCCAGACUGUAAGUUCUGGAGAAGUAGUUGCUUUCAAAUUUGAAAAAGCAUUAGGUUCUGAAGAGCAUUGUGGUGUUUCUCCUCAUGAAUUGGAGAGAAGGUUGCACGAAUUACUGGAAUCAAGACAGCAAGAACAGAUAAGAGAGCUAGAAGGUAUGAUAGAAUGUGCUGAGCACAAGCUUCGGGAGAAAGAAAUGGAAGUUUCUUGGUGGAAAGACACUGCCUGUCUUAUUUCUUGUCACCUUCCAGAAUCCUCGAAACUCAAUUCACGUCACUGUGCAAAACUUCUUAGUCCUUAACUUGAGCAUCUAAUGUACAGCAACUUUUGAUAGUGGAUUGUUCAUGAGUUACUGCGAUUGGUGUUUGGUAAUAAAACUGUUUUGCCUUUGGAUUGCACAGUAUCUGCCAUAUAUUGGACAUGGAGUAACGCAGACAAAGGACAGAUGAGCUGCGAUUGAAACUGAAAAUUUCCGUUUUGCUUUUGUUGUACUGAGCAAUACGAGUACAGGUCUUUGUGUUCAUGUACAAAUUUCUGUUCAUCAAUUUGAAUAGCUUAAGGUGAAUUUUGAAGCCCAAUAAAUAAUGAUUCUUCUUUCC